GGUCAUGCUGGCCACAGCGCUGGAGGUACAGCCGCUGCAGCCGCUGCAGACAUCAGCAGCAGCGCCAGCGGCGAUGAAAGGCGCCAAAAGGGGCCGAGCCAAGGCCGCGGCGCUCCCGCCCGCGACUGGGGCUGGUGCCAACGGCGGUGUUGGCGGCAGUGGCGGCGCGGCUGCUGCUGCUGCUGGUGCGGUGGCGUUGGAUGCCUGCGAGGACGCUGCCUUGGUGCCGAUGCGGCUGUGGCCAGCGCCGGGCGACGCAGGCGCACGGCAAGACACCGGUACCCACCCAGGCUCUCAGGCUACUACUGCUGCUGCCGCCGCGACCGCUGCUGCGACCAUAUCCGGCGCUGAGCCCGAGGUUGUAGACCUUGCCCUCGAUAGCCCGGAGGCCCCGGAGGUCCCGGAGACCUCGGAGCCCAGGUCACCUGCCGCUGCGGUGCUGCACCUGGUGGGGGGUGGCGGCGGCGGCGGUGGAGGCAGCGGCGAGGGCAGCGGAGGCAGUCCCGGCGGCGGUGCGGAGGCGGGCUGCUCUGAGGAGGCGGUGUACGACAUGCUGCUGCAGUCGCUGAACGCGGGGGCGGAGGGUCUGAUGCUGAAGCGGCUGGACGGCGGGGCCGCCUACGAGCCCAGCCGCCGCAGCGAUAGCUGGAUCAAGCUGAAGCGCGAUUACUGCGAGGGACUGCGGGACAGUGUGGAUGUGGUUCCCAUAGGGGCGUGGUACGGCCAGGGACGCAAGGUGCAGUGGUUCAGCCCCUUCCUGCUUGCUGUGUACGACCCGGGCGCGGAGGAGUUCCAGAGCCUGUGCCGCUGCAUGAGCGGCUUCAGCGACCAGUUCUAUGCGGCAGCGCGGGAGCGGCUGGCAGCCACCAUCAUACCGGGCCCCAAGCCCUACUACAACACGGCUGAGCGGCCCAGCGUGUGGUUCGCGCCCACGGAGGUUUGGGAGCUGCGGGGGGCAGACCUGACCCUGUCCCCGGUGCACCGGGCGGCGGCAGGUCGACUGCACCCCGAGCGAGGUGUGGGCAUGCGCUUCCCAAGGUUCCUUCGGGUGCGACACGACAAGCGGCCCGAGGACGCCACCAGCGCGGACGUCAUCGUGGAUCUGUACAGCCGCCAGACACGCAAGGUGGCGCCACAGCAGCAGCAGCAGCAGCAGGGGGCGGCUGGGGCCGGAGGGCCGGCGCUGAGGGCUGCUGCUGCUAGCGCCGGGGCGGUUGGAGCUGCUGUGGGUGCGGGGGAUGCUAGUACUGCUGCUGGGAUGACGACGGGGGCUGGUCUGGGC